UCUGCAGGGAUGAAGCCUCAUUGCCUUGGCCUGCUCAUAGCUGUCGUCCUCCUCUGUAAGCAGCAUGGCUUUGCCUUUCAAAGUGGCCAGGUUUUAUCUGCUCUUCCUAGAACCUCUAGACAAGUUCAAGUUCUUCAGAAUCUUACUACAACCUAUGAGAUUGUUCUCUGGCAGCCAGUAACUGCUGAAUUUAUUGCAAAGAAUAAAGAAGUCCAUUUUUUUGUUAAUGCAUCUGAUGUAAGCAAUGUGAAAGUCCAUUUAAAUGCCAGCAGAAUUCCAUUCAGCAUCUUGAUGGUGGAUGUGGAAGAUCUUAUUCGACAGCAGACUUCCAAUGACACAGUCAGCCCCCGAACCUCCUCCUCAUACUAUGAACAGUAUCACUCACUCAAUGAAAUCUAUUCUUGGAUAGAAGUUAUAACUGAGCGGCAUCCUAAGAUGCUUAAAAAAAUCCACAUUGGAUCCUCAUAUGAGAAGUACCCACUGUAUGUUUUAAAGGUUUCUGGAAAAGAACAAACAGCCAAAAAUGCCAUAUGGAUUGACUGUGGAAUGCAUGCCAGAGAAUGGAUCUCUCCUGCUUUCUGCUUGUGGUUCAUCGGCUACGUAACUCAGUUCUAUGAAAAAGAAAAGCUGUAUACCAAUCUUCUAAGACACGUGGAUUUCUACAUUAUGCCAGUAAUUAAUGUGGAUGGUUAUGACUACUCGUGGAAAAAGAAUCGAAUGUGGAGAAAGAACCGUUCUUCCCAUGAGAACAACCGUUGUAUUGGAACAGACCUGAAUAGGAACUUUGCUUCCAAACACUGGUGUGAGGAAGGUGCCUCAAGUUUUUCGUGCUCUGAAACCUACUGUGGACUUUAUCCUGAGUCUGAACCAGAAGUGAAGGCAGUGGCUGAUUUCUUGAGGAGAAAUAUCAACCAUAUUAAAGCUUACAUUAGCAUGCAUUCAUAUGCCCAGCAGAUACUAUAUCCAUAUUCCUAUAAUAGAAGCAAAAGCAAAGACCAUGAGGAACUGUCUUUGGUGGCCAGUGAAGCAGUUCGUGCUAUUGAGAGUAUUAAUAAAAAUACCAGGUAUACACAUGGCAGUGGCUCAGAGAAUUUAUACCUAGCUCCUGGAGGUUCCGAUGAUUGGAUCUAUGAUUUGGGCAUCAAAUAUUCAUUUACAAUUGAACUUCGAGAUAAAGGCAGAUAUGGAUUCUUGCUGCCUGAGCGUUACAUCAAACCCACUUGUACAGAAGCUCUCGCCGCUGUUGCUAAAAUAGCUUGGCAUGUAGUCAGACAUGUUUAAUGUUCUUGAUUUUUCACUUUGCUUCCAUAUUCUUAAUUUACUGAUUCCAGCAAAAACCAAAUCGUUGUGCAAGUUUCUAUUAGGCUUGAUCCAUAGUUUUGAUCAAAGGUUUGCCUCCUUGAUUUUGUCAAAAACAAAAUGCAUGCUACUUGGAAAUCACGAUAGACAAGGGAGUUCAUGAGUGUUUUUAACUUUUUUUUUUUAAUCUGUAAGAGCCCAGAUACUGAUCUUUUGCUUUCUGAUAUUUGACUAGCUAUCUCAAGCAAUUUUAAUAAUUAGUUUCAUGCAGAUCACUGGAUCUUGCAACAAAAGGAAAGGUGGCCAGGAAUACACUAAAGAUUUCUUCCCUGAU